AUGCUCUAUUAUUCGGAGAACAUUUGCAAGACGACUGGAAUCUGUAACAAGUAAGUCACCUGACUCAGUUAGUGCCUGUUAUCCAUUUUCAGCAAAUACAUGCAUGUCAAGUACCAUGGCAGUGGUGGGAACACGAAGAAGAAGAAGAAGAAGAAAAACCAGAAGAAGGAGUACGAUUUUGUGCUCUACCUGAAUACUUGCACUCUUUUGAAUGACAAUACGAUUGUUUUUACAUUUUCGGUUUUAUUGCUUGUUUUCUGGUGAAUAAAUCAUGCGCCACGUGUCAUCAACUCAAUACUUGGGUUUAUGGUUCUUUGUGUGUUUCUAAUACAUAUUUUCACUUUGGUCACUUUUCCGAUCUUUUCCUUCAACAAACAAUCCAUAUUUCGCGCCCUAACCCAUACUCUUCUUCUUCUUCAACUCAAUUCCGCACUUUAUUUCGCGUGUCCUCUCGACCGCACACGACCGCCACGUCAUCAAGUUCGAACUCUGCCACUCGCCGAUUCGUCUGUAGUCAGUUCUUGUUGCACGUCAACAUUGGAUCAAUAUGCGAACACUCUUGCUGUUUGUCGCAUGUGUUCACUUCUUUGUCAUCGUGCUUACUCAGAGGGACGGUAAACUGUCGGAGGAAGAAAAUGUGAACGUUCAGGAUAUUUGUGGGCGGAGCCCGUGAGUUGGAUGAGAAGCGGACGGUUCAAUUGGUAAACAUUUCAGUGCGGGAGAGAGCAUAGUACGGAUGCAGUCGAAACUGUCCGACUUCACUACGAACAUUACGAGAGCAGUGGCGAUUUCUCCGAGACACGUGCUCGUCGGCAGAAGUCUCGGCGUCGACGACAAUUUUGAGUUGAGCGGAACGAAAUACGACAAUACCACUUGUGUCAACGGGUAGGUCCGGAACUCUCCCUUCUUCCUCUAUCAAUCUUUUCAGAAACAUGCCUCUUCUCCCCGGUAUCAAACUGUUUCUCGUCGACAAACCGGACAUAGCGCCCAAGAAAUCAGUUUACAUUGGCGACUGUGCAUCUUCUUUCGGAUUCAUUGUGGUUGAAAUCGAUCACGGGGCAAAACCCGUGUGCAUUCCAAGAUCGGGACUUAAUGUUGGAGACUCAAUUAAAAUGCAUUCCGGAGAAGAUGUCAACGCAGAUGUCACGAGCGGGAGUGUGAACAAUGUUGAUUAUCCUCUGCCUAUUUGCGUAAAAAGAGUUGUUUUCCAGAUCUUGAACCAAGUUCGGGAUAAAACAUACUUCACAACUUCGCCAGAGGCACAGACUGGAAAUGGCGUCGUCUUGGCCGUCAACAAUAAACUGUCGAGCGCAGCUGGAAUAAUGUUCAACGAAGGAGCAAAUUCUGUAGAACAAGUGUCUGUCUAUGACUUUCGCAAGGAGAUUUGCGACGUAACAGGCGUUUGCGAACUGUAAGUGUAUGCUCAACAAGACUUUUAAGCCUGGCCUGCUGCGCGGGUCGAGUUCGUUCGCUCGUACCACUUCAGUUAGAAGUAUUUUUCUUCAUUCCUCUUUUGAGUCGCUUCUGUUUUAGUUUAAGAAAAUAAAAAUAAGGCAGGUUAAACUGAUAAGCCCCCAGCAGGUCCUACUCUCAAAAAGCCUUGUAUUGAAUUAGGAACAGUAAGAUAUGUAAUUUUCAGAUCUGGAACACUAUCAAAACAUGAAAAUGUGUUACGGAAAAAGAAUUGCGGCAAGAAACCGUAAGUUGAGCAGUGUUCAACUAGUAUACUUCGUUUUUUUUUCAGAGAAUCGUCGAGUGGUGUCUUUUUCGCGAGAUUCGAUUCGGCUGAUGACGCGUUUUCCCCGCUUAUUUCAUCCCGACAUCUCAUCCACGUUGCCGAUCCAUCUUCUCGGAUGUUCGGCAAGAAUGUAGUGAACCGUAGAUCUAAUGAAUGCAGAAAUAACCACAAGUGAGAUUGUGUUUAAUUCUAAUUGCAAAUUUCACCCCUUAAAUUCAGAAUUUUGUUUCUUCAAAAACCAUCUCGAUUUCCGUUGAUCCGAAGUGUUCACUACAUUGGAGAGUGCGAUACACAGAAUGGAUUGUUCGUGAUAGAACUCGACAUUUCGAAGGAUACAAAGUACGAUGGUCCUUACGUUCCACUUUGCAUUCCAGGUACACUUUCGCAGAAAUGUAAAAGCACAGAGAGUAGCGAAUUGUAGACCGGAACCCGACAACCGAUGAGCCUCUGCACUUCCAUGCGACUAAAGAUCGGGGAUCCGAGUCGGACGCGACAGUAAUCGCCUGCUCCGGUCCGGAGCCAGAUGUGUGUGCCAAGCCGAAGAGCGGUGGGACCUUCGAGUUGGUGUCGGUCGAGAGAUGCGAUCCCGAUGGGAAGGACUGCCGGACCACGUUUGUCGGGUCGACAUUCGGGACGAGUGAGAACGAAUCUGGUCCCAAUCACUUUAUGACCAUUCCGUUCAGGCACCGCCGACCAGGCACAACACGCCAAGUCGCUACUGUUCUAUUCGAGGCAAAUCUGCAAAGUGACGGGGGUGUGCAACCACAGGAACCUGGGCGAGAGUGAGAUGAAAUUGAGCGACGACGAGAACAAACUUCUUGUGAAGACGUGCGGAAAGCGGCUAGCGAAAGAGUUGGUUCCCAUCGGUCCGUCCGUGGUCAAUCGAUAUUCACUGAUUUCAGUGAGAUCCCGCCGUGGCAGAGUGCUGUGAAGAUGACGAGCGCAUCGAAUCCAGCCGAGCACAGGAUACUGUCGGGGGUUGUGAUCAGCAAGCGUCACGUCAUCAUCCAUGCUCGCAGUCUGUUCGGAGAGAGUGAUUGUGUGCCCAAGUGAGUGGAAAUCUACGAGGAACGAAUGGACGAUAUCUGUUCAGGCAGGAGCUCAAGCAGCGUCUGGAGACGGCGAUCGGCAAGGAAGAGUUCCUGGUGGCCACGAGUCCGUGCUACACGAACGACAGCUACACUUGCGAGUACGUCACUCCAAACCGGGUAAUACAGCCGAAAUUGAAGAACGUUUUAUGCGACAUCUGACUUUUUAGGUGGACGUGAGUACCACUUGCAUCAACAAAAGAGCUCGUGGAUUUGUACUUGUCGAGUUGUACGUGGGAGAGGAGUUUAAAGGAUCGCCGAUCUGCAUGCCAGGUAGAAAAACCCGUUACUCUGCUCGUUCACUCGGAAUAAUUGCAGCUCCUUCAAUGGAUAUCUUCGGCAAAACGGACGUUUAUAAAGGACAACUGGACGCGGUGAAACCAUCGAGUCCUCCGUCCGUGCGUCCCACAGAGAAAGUUGGUCUCCCGACACACUUCCUGUUCACUUUCUCUCUUUCAGCUUCAUUCGUGCAAUGGGAACUCGUCGACUUCGUGCGUCUCGAGCCUCGAAUCUCGCGAGUACGGGGACUAUCUCGUGUCUGUGAUCGGCGACCAAUCGUUCUUCGCGUCGUUCCUCACCAAGGACGACGAGGCCGACAAGAUCUUGGACGGAACUUUCGACAUCUCCGUCCUCUCGGCUCUCCGCAACUUGCAGCUCAUCUGCGAUUUUGCCAACGUCUGCACCCUCGCCAAGUGAUCCUUUUCCUUUGGGAACUCCCCUUAUUCCUCACUUUUCAGUCACUCGUACCCUACCCUGGCUACACCCCCGCCUCCACCGAAUGUCCCUGUGAAAACGACAUCGCCUAAAAGACGCGACAGCACGCGUGGUUAGUUGUACACAAAAUUACUGCACAAAGUUAUCGAUUCUUCGUGCGGCUCUCGGAUAAUUCUGUCUGAAAUUCGAUUCUGACCCUGAGAUUCGACAUUUUUGUGUUUUUAUGGACGGCCUCCGGAACGAAAUUAAAAAUCUUGAAUUUUUGCAAGUCUGGCAACCGGAGGAAUAGAAAACUCCUCCUGUCGUGUUCUUUUUUGAAAUUCAUUCAGAAUUUGGGACUUUGAAAACAUUUGAACUUCUUUUUUUCAAAAACGUAUAUUUUGUAAGGCAUGACACUUUUUAAAUGAAAAACUUCAGAUCGCUCCAGCAAGUACGACUGGGACGAGCCGAUGCCCGAAGACUUUCCUAGAGAAGGUAGGCAUUAGUAUUAGCACAAAAUCUGAAAAGUGUGUUGCAGUGUACGGAAAGGCGCUGCUAGCCGGUUGGAUCGCGAACAUGACCCUCUUGCCGUCGAUCCUCAAUAUCUUGUACCUGGAACGAGGACUUGUCGAUGGCACAAUCAGCCCGCAGAACGUCACGAAUCAGAUGGUCGGCCACAACGUCGACUACGAAAUCAUCAAAAGUUACGGCUCGAAUCUAAUGUUGACCGGAUCCUGGGAGUAUCGGAACUUUCUGGCGCUGUUUGAGAAGCGGAGGCCGUGGUCCGGCAACGAGGAAGAGCGGAGAGCAUUCGAGCACGCAUUCGCCCUCGCGUACAAACUGAACGGCGAACUCGCGACGAUGGAGGCCGUCACCAGUGACGUCAUCGACGGGUUUCCUAGGUUCGUCGAAAAUCUGAACACAUCGUCCCCCGAUCGAUUCGCGAACUUCACGGACGAUGGGAGUGUGGGCGGACUGGUCGAGUGGCUGGCGGAGCUGCACGAACUGGCUCCCAAGGAUCAGCCGAUUCUGGAUCGGGUCGCCGUCGUCGAGUGGUUCGACAAGCAUAAGGGAAACACUGCCACCCUCUCGGCCGCUCAAACCUUCUCCAAAAAGUUCUUCGAGAACAACGCCAAGAAGGACUUUUCUCUGUUCCACAAAGACGCUCCUGGAAUCGUGCGCCGUGCUGUCGUCACCGUUCGCGAUGCGUACCACAAACUUAGUGGAUUGCAGUUAUCAUUGGCCGAUGCCAAAAGUUACGAGACGGACGUGCAGAAUCUGGAAAUGAUGCUGAAAGACGGAGCCGCAUCGGACCUCCGAAACUUGCUCAACUACGCGAAACGAGGAAGAGACUCGUGCUCUGCGAUUCCUAGCCUACUCGAUGACGUCGGCAGAGUGAGCAAACAGAAGAAUAACCAGUGGAUCCGCAGUCUAAUAAAAGGAAGACCGACGAAAAAGCUGUUCAAUGUGAUGGAGCCGUUCCUGCAGCAUCUCGAGUUCUUCAAACAGUUUGGCAAGGAGUUGGAUGAUGUUUGUGAAAGAGUCGAGAAGUACUACGACACCUUCGAACAUCUAUUCUUCUACAUGGACCGCAUCACGUUCAUCAACGAGACUCUGCCCGCCGGAGACGUGCUCGCCAAGUUUGAAGAUGUUCGGAAGUGUCUGGAAAUGCCGUUGCAGCCGGAGGACCUGAGAUACGAGGACAGCGCGUUGAGUUCUUGGAUUGACGACUUCAAGGAGAUCGAUAAGAUUAUCGACGGGCCGGCGAAAGUUUGCAAUUCACUGAGAAGAAUCGCGGACCCGAAAGUGACGGAAGCAUUUGCAAAUCCAAACACGCAUCACAUUGAGAAGACGGUCGCCGACUCCAUCUGGCACAUCGACUACGAGAUGCUCCGAACGGUCAAGAAGGAGAUCGGAGGCGUCGACUUCUGUGCGGUCCCCUCAGACAUUGCGAAUGUUCUUAGUGAACGACAUCAGAAACAGGGUGGUUUGUCGGUUGCACCGUUGUCCGAGACUUUCCAACAAUCGAAGACAAAGAUCGAGUCGAGCGGUGUCAAAGGAAUCAUUCUCUGUCUCAACAAGACCUCCGUCGAUGAGAUUCAACGUACUCUGGACGCCUCGAGAGAAGUCUGGCACGCCGGGAGACUCGAUGAUGUCAGAUACGCCACCUACAUUGUUCAGGCACUCGGAAUGGAGGGAUACGGAGAGAAUGUGCCGGCGCACGUAGCGACUAUUGAGGGAAUGCUCCGCAACUUUGGGUUCCCGGUGCGUGCUCUUCUCAAGACCUUCAAGAUCACUAAAGAAGAGAUUCGGAAGAUCAACGAGGGACUCGACGCGUUCCGCAAUUUGAUAGAAUUCUACGAUCGGAGAGAGACGAUGCGCAUGUGGAACACGGAUCUGAGUCUGCAGUUCAAGUACAUCCAGUUGGCCGAUGUGCACGAGGUCAAACGGCAGUGGGACACCGUCUACGAUUCGUUCAACACUUACCUGGACGGCCUCUCAAACAUCGAGUACCGAUUGUACACUGCGCACAACGACUCCAUCCUCGAACACAUCAAGAUCCUGGAAAUCGCUGCGAAUUUGUCGUUGCCGUUCUUUCAAACCGACAAACUGUUCGAUCAACAAGCGUUCGGAGAACUUUCCGCGUUGCACUGGUUCGUUGGAUUCCAGAAUGGACACACGAAACAUCAGUUGAAGCUGAAGAGAAUGAUUCCGGUACUGAGGAAGGUGCACAAAUGGCUCCAUAACAAAUUCACGGCGGAAGAAGACGUGGCGGAGGAGGUGGACGAGUGGGAACGGGCCAAUUGUUGGUGUGAUGAGGUUUGGAAACUCUUUUACAGACUCAAAAUCCCCUUUGUCUUCCAGAACAUGACACCCGAUCACAUUUGCUUCUCGAAAUGCGACACCACUUGGAUCGACGAAAAGCUUGCGAAAGAGGAUGCGGAACAACGAGAGUUUGGUGAAAAACUGUUAGUAUUUCUGAUAGCCUACCUAAAAACACUAGUUUCCAGACACUUCUGGCUUACAAUCGUCUGCGGAGUCGUCUCCAUUCACAUCGCCUACCUCAUCGCUCGAAUCGCCCAGUUGCUCACCGAAGACGAUCGACCACUUCAGGAAGUGCAUCCUCACUGA